AUGGAGCUGUUCACAUUCUCGGCUCAACGAGGACCUGGUCUGUUCGCCUGGCUGCCCGGACGGGUUUUCAUGUCUGGUAUGCCAGAGUGGACGUCGAAUGUGAUGUACUACCAUGGUUCUGAGUAUUUGAGGGUUGAUUAUGCCGCGCGCCAUGAAGUCCGUGGAUCCCUUGCGAUGCCGGUUUUCAACUCAGGUGGUGGAUCUUGCUGUGCUGUGUUAGAAGUUAUAAUGACACGGGAGAAGGAUAGCUUUUGCUCAGACAUGGUGAAUGUUUCUAACGCACUGCAGUCUGUUCAGUUGACCACUGUCAACACAUGGAGACAUUUCAGCUAUACAAGGAACCAGAAAUUAGCAUUCUUGGAAAUAUUUGAUGUUCUGCGAACUGUUUGUGAAGCACACUUGCUACCUUUGGCGCUUGCAUGGAUUCCAGUUUGCUUCAAAAGGGGCGUGCAUGUGGCAGCAGAAUAUGGUGAUCAGGGUGCAAAAUUUGGUACAAGGAACAAACAAGUGCUUUGCAUACAUGAAUCUGCAUGUUAUGUCAAUGACACAAGAAUGUGUGAUUUUGUCCAAAUCUGUGCUGAACAUCCCCUUGAGAAGGGACAAGGUGUUGCUGGAAACGCAUUUUUAUCGAAUAAUCCCUUCUUCUCAUCUGAUGUGAAAGAUUAUGAUAUGCAUGCUUAUCCACUUGCCAUUCAUGCCCGUAAAUUUGGUCUUCAUGCUGCUGUUGCAAUUAGGCUGCGGAGCACAUACACCGGAAAUGAUGACUAUGUGCUAGAGUUUUUUCCAGUCUUGUGCAAAGGUUGUGAAGAACAACAGCUCUUACUUGACAGCAUUUCUGCGACUAUGCGGAAAGUAUGCAAGAGUCUGAGAACUGUGUCAGAUGCUGAGUUCAAGAAAGAUGCUACAACAAAGCCAUCAAAUGACAAUGGAUCAGGGAAAAGAUGCUCUUCGCCCAUUAAUCUUAUUUAUUCAGGACAAAAUAUUGAUGUAUCCGAUCAAAUAAAAACAAAUAUGCCUUUGGGAUAUCAGAUAGAAAGCACUAAUAAGCAACUUGCAGAUAAAAACAUUUCUAACAAGUUAAUAUGUAGCAAUGCAUGUGGUGGAGAGAAAAGACGUAGCUCAACAGAGAAGAGUAUUAGCUUGAAUGUCCUCCAGCAAUAUUUUUCUGGCAGUCUGAAAGAUGCUGCAAAGAGUAUUGGUGUUUGUCGUACUACAUUGAAAAGGAUAUGCAGGCAACAUGGAAUAUCAAGGUGGCCAUCUCGUAAGAUAAAUAAGGUAAACCGAUCCUUAAAGAAAAUCCAGAAUGUGAUAAGUACAGUACAUGGAGUCGACGGACUGCUAAAGUAUGAUCUUUCUACGGGAUGCCUUGUUUCCUCUUCCAUAGAGCCUGUGUUGGUGAAUGUUGAACACAAAGGUUCCAAUCCCCUACCAAAUGAAUCUGAGGUUUCCCAUUUGAAGUUCAAACUUGACCGUGAUACAUACCAAAGGGAACACCUGGGCCAAGAUGUAAUGCAUAAUGGGCAAAACGGUGAAAUUGAUUUUGAUAUGGAUGAUGGGCCACUCUGUGAGGAUAUGUCAACUUGUGCUGCCAAAACUGGCGCGAGGACUGAGAGACAGGAGCACAAGCCUGUAUCAAGGGAUUAUUCGUCUGCACCGGAACAAUACAGAAUGGAGAGUGACACAGAUAAGAGCAAUAAGAAUGUUGAACAAAGCGUUCCGUCUUCUUCCAGCAUGACAGAUUGCUCCAGUGGUAGUGCAUCAAGUGAUGGAACUUUCAAGAGCUUGAAGAGUCAGCCAGUUAGUGAAAGCAGUAUGGCUAUUGUUGUAAAGGCAACCUACAAGAAUGACACCAUUAGGUUCAAACUGCUGCUACCUUCUGCGAAAUACGAGGAGCUGCUCGAGGAAAUUGUGAAGAGGCUGAAACUAUCACUUGGCACGUUUCAUCUGAAGUAUACAGAUGAUGAGGGUGACUCGGUGGUUUUAGAAAGCGACGAUGACCUCCACGAGUGCCUUGAGAUGCUUGACGCAACCAGGUUGCAUAUUUUGAAGCUUCAAGUGCAAGGCCCUACUUGAAGUUCGUCAGGUAGCUGUUCCCUGUUGGGACACAUGCAAAAAGAUGAGAGACUAAUCAUGCAGUUUUAG